AUGAAUUUUAAAAAUGAAGUACCAGAUGAUACCAGUCAUUAUUCCGAAAAAACAUUUCCUAAUACAAGAAAUUCUGAUAGCGAGGAAUUUAGGACGGUGCAGUUAAGUUUAUUAACACAUUCACAUAUCUCGAAAAAUGUAAAUAAUUAUGACGUUUCAUCGGGGAGCAAUGUCAUUUUAAACAAAACUCAUAUAGUCGAAUUUGAUAACAAUAUCGCUUGCGAAAUUGUUCAAAAUGAGCCAGCAAAUAAAUCGGUAGAACUUUCUGCAGAGAUUAUGAUAAUCGGAACUAAUAAUUGUGACAAAACUAACUAUAUGUUAAAAGAAAAAUUCUAUCCUACCAGUUUUAAUUUGGUCGAUUUAUCACAAGCUACUACCUCACAAGAUAAUAGUUCAUUUCUUUCUUGUACUAACGAAGCAAGCAUAUUGCACACAAAACAGAAUAAAAUCAAAAGAAGUAUUUCGAAAUGUCAAGUACAAAUCAGUAGCGACACAUCAAUAGAAAAAUCGGACGAUAGUUCGGAUGAAAUUUUGAGUAAGCGACAAAAAUUAAAUGAAAGUGUGUUUAAUACCAAUGAAGGAAAUGUAAAUGUCAAUACAGUGACGUUUCAAAGAAACACAUUAAUAGCGGAGCAACGAAAUUAUCAUUUGAUAAAUGAGUCAGCUAGGAACAAAUCAUCAAAUACAAAUUUAGGAGCAGGAUCAGAAACUGCCAAUAAUUACCAAUCUAAACCAUGUAGACAUGAAGAUAAUUGGAAUAAACGGGAAGCUAGCAACGAGGAUAAAUGGGAUGAACAAGAAGAAGAUGAAGAUGAAGAUGAGAACAAUAAAAAAAUAGCUGAUUAUUUAAAAUUAAGGGAAAAAUUUUCUAAUUGGCAUAUUGUACCAGAAGUGAUAAAUCGCCAAAUAGGUAGCAAUCCAUUAUUCGAAAGACGGUUCUAUAGUUCUUUAUAUGCAGUAGAGCGGUUCCAACUUAUGUAUAAACUUUAUCCAUGCGUAUCGGAUAAUAAAAUAAUAGAUAUUUUAAAUUUCAAUCACAAAGGGAAUUUAUUAAUGUGUGCCGGUUGUGAUGAGAUUUCUAUUUGGGAUUGGGCUGUAGGAAAAAAAAGCUGCUCCUUUACAAAUAAUGAUAAUCUGACUAUAUUACAUGCCAAAUGGCUGCCGUUGGAAAAUUUUAUGGCCUUUUCUGAUGAAGAUGGUCGGAUACGUUUAUUGGAUAUUGAAAGCGACAUGUCGACGAAUUUGGUAAUGUUCGGUGAAAAGUCGUACAAAUUGGCUGUGCAUCCUGAAACACCUCAUAUAAUCCUUUCAGCUGGAAUUGACUCAAGAGUGUUAUCCAUAGAUAUCAGGGAAAGCAGACUAAAAGAGUUACUUGUGGUAAAAGAAAAUGUAUCAAGUGUAGCAUUAUACAGUAUAGAUUCUAAUCCUUCAAAUAGUAAUGAAUUUUGCGUUGCUGGUCUGUCUGAUUGUGUUAUGGCAUACGAUCGACGAAAAGUUUCAAAUCCGAUUUAUAAACUACAACCUUAUGAUGACCAUGAUGAAUAUGUAUUUGUAACGUCUGCUAUGUAUAACUAUAACGGAACAGAAAUUCUCGCUUCGUAUAAAGACAAGGACUUGUUUUUAUUUAAUAAAUUAAUAAUGUCAUCACGUGGACUUUACACCCAUAUUAAUCAGAAUGUGUAUAGACCAUCGAUAUGUGACGGUAUUUUUUUCGGACCUAAAAGUGAAUAUAUUGUAGUUGGAUCCAAUGAAAAUAUAUGUAUUUGGGAAAAAAAUUCGGAAUCUGUCAUACAAUGUAUAACAGGCGAUAGAGAAUCCGUAAUUUGCUUGGAAGGUCAUCCGCAUAUUCCCAUUCUUGCGACAAGCGUACGUGAUAAUAACGUUAAUCUAUUGGUGUCUUCGAAAGGAGAACUUUCGGUAAUGCGGUCAUUUGGAAAUCAUUUUGAUGCGGACCUAUUACAUUACGAAUCAAAUUCAAAUCGAGAUGAAGAUACUAACGAUGAUGGUAGUAAUUCUAGUAGCUCCAGGUCGGACAACUUUAUCGAGGAUAAUCUAUCCGAAUGCGGCGACGUUGAAAAUAUACAGUGUUCUUCAUCUUAAAAUUGUUGCUUAAA